GAAAUAAAAGUCAGUGGUGGGCGGAGUGAGGUUCCACUGGGUGUCAGAACUCUGGUCACGUUAGACAUUGGUCUUCUAGCUGCUGCUGCUGCUGCUCCUCUCUCCUCCCUACCCAAUACGUGUUGACAUGGAUUCACUAGACGCUGAUCAGAUUGAUGCUCUCAAGAAGGCCUUCGUCUCCUUCGACACGGACAAGAAGGGAGCCAUCGGCACCGACACGGUCUCCACCAUCUUGAGGAUGAUGGGCGUCAAGAUCUCAGAGAAGAACCUUCAGGAGGUCAUCGCAGAGACUGACGAAGAUGGAUCCGGGGAGCUGGAGUUUGAGGAGUUCGUGGAGCUGGCCGCUAAGUUCCUAAUUGAGGAGGACGAGGAGGCUCUCAAGGCAGAGCUGAAGGAGGCCUUCCGUAUCUAUGACAAGGGAGGAGACGGCUACAUCACCACCGACGUCUUGAGGGAGAUCCUACGAGAGCUGGACAACAGGUUGACGGAGGCUGACUUGGACGGCAUCAUUGAGGAGGUGGACGAGGAUGGCUCUGGCACUCUCGACUUUGAUGAGUUCAUGGAGAUGAUGUCUGGGUAGGAGCGAGGGGGUCAGGAGCACCAAACUAUCUCCAUAUGAUCUCACGUGACUGUCUUCCAGAAUUAAGAUGGAGAGAGACCCAUUAUUCCUAUCUCUGCUUCUCAGCUCCCGGAGAGAAAUGGCAUAAAAUAUAGAUAAGAGAGGUAAAGGAGACAAAUGCAGUUUAUAAUGGGAUCAUAGACGACAUUUGUGACUUUGUAAGGCUCAAUGCCUGGGCGAAACGUCACUGUAAAAUUGCAUUAUGUUCCACUUAUGUCUCUUAUCCUCAACACGCCUGGCUUUCAUGAGUGUACGACAGAUGGUUUGGUGAUUCUCUUAAACUGUGGAAAGUUGACACUUGUGUACAGACACGAUGAAGUCACUCGUGGCCAAACGUUUCCUAAUUGUCCUGGACUGUACACACUAGUGUCUUUUUCCAAGCAUGUCCGUUGUGUCCACUACAAAAAAAAAAUAUUUAUUCUGUCCAUUCCCGAGUGAUCCAUAACAACUGUGUCAAC